AUGGAAGUCUCCGACAAGAAUUUAGAAACUUUGAGCAGAUAUUUGCAAGAAACGCUCAAUCCGGACCCGAACGUGCGUCGACCAGCCGAAAAAUUCCUGGAGGGAGUCGAAGUCAACCAAAACUACCCGUUGUUGCUGCUCAAUCUGGUGCACAAGCCCGAAGUGGACAUGACCAUCAGGGUGGCCGGUUCGGUGGCGUUCAAGAAUUACAUAAAAAGAAACUGGGUGGUGGAGGAAGAUCAGACGGAUCGUAUUCACGAAUCCGAUCGACUAGCUAUCAAGAAUCUCAUUGUAACUUUGAUGUUGAGUUCGCCGGAGUCGAUUCAAAAGCAGCUCAGCGAUGCUAUCAGCAUCAUAGGGAAAACCGAUUUUCCGUUGAAAUGGCCGGAACUCAUCACGGAAAUGGUCGAGAAAUUUUCCACCGGCGAUUUUAACGUGAUUAACGGCGUGUUGAGAACGGCCCAUUCUCUGUUUAAAAAGUACCGAUACGAAUUCAAGUCGAACGAGUUGUGGACGGAGAUUAAAUACGUGCUCGAGAAGUUAGCGAAACCUCUUACGGAUCUUCUAGUUGCGACCAUAAAUCUAUCUCAAACCCACGCAAACGACGUGGCCGCUUUGAAAAUAAUCUACAGUUCACUAGUGCUUAUUUGCAAAGUAUUCUACUCGUUGAACUUCCAAGAUUUGCCGGAAUUCUUCGAAGAUAACAUCCAAGUGUGGAUGACCAAUUUCCACACGCUGCUUUCAGUCGACGUGAAAUCCUUACAAAGCCAAGAAGACAGCGAAGCCGGUGUUUUAGAACAACUAAAAUCCCAAGUGUGCGAUAAUGUGGCUCUGUACGCUCAAAAGUACGACGAGGAGUUCCAACCCUACCUGCCACAAUUCGUAACAGAUGUUUGGAGUCUAUUAGUCGCUACGAAUCUACAACCCAAAUACGAUUUGUUGGUUUCCAACGCCCUGCAAUUCCUCUCGUCGGUGGCCGAACGUUCGCAGUACAGGAACCUCUUCGAGGACGACAACGUACUAAGCAGCAUUUGCGAAAAGGUUAUUAUACCCAACAUGGAAUUCAGAACCUCCGAUGAGGAAUUGUUCGAAGACAAUCCCGAAGAGUACACGAGAAGGGACAUCGAAGGUUCCGAUAUCGACACCCGUCGACGGGCCGCCUGCGAUUUGGUCAACACACUCAGCCAGAACUUCGAGCAGAGGAUCGUGGAGAUAUUCGGACGGUAUUUACAAGUGAUGCUGGCGAAGUACGCGGAAAAUCCGAAGGAGUUUUGGCGCAGCAAAGACGCCGCCUUGUACUUGGUGACCUCUCUAGUGAGCAGGGGUUCGACUCAGAAGCACGGCGUCACUCAAACCAGCCAAUUGGUGGACAUUACGCAGUUCUGUCAGCAGCACGUUUUGCCCGAAUUAGAACGACCCGACGUUAACGAUUUGCCGGUGUUGAAAGCGGACGCUAUAAAAUAUGUAAUGACAUUCAGAUCGGUGCUUCCCAGCGAUCUGGUCGUAUCGACUUUACCACAAUUGAUCAGGCACAUGCCGAGCGAAAGUUGUGUGGUACACACGUACGCAGCCUGCACUUUGGAGAAGAUCCUCAUGUUGAAAUCCAACAAUCAAACCAUAGUAACGGGAGCCCAGUUGGAGCCGUUGGCCUCAGAAUUGUUGACGAAUCUGUUCGCGGUACUCCAAAAACCGGUCUCCGAGGAGAACGAGUACAUCAUGAAGGCUCUGAUGAGGACGUUCGCGACCUUACAGGACCGUAUCAUACCCUAUUUGAACGUGGCCUUGCCCAAGAUGACGGAAAAGCUGCAGAUGGUCGCCAAGAAUCCAUCGAAGCCGCUCUUCAAUCAUUAUCUGUUUGAGUGCUUUUCGUUGGCUAUAAAGAUUAUUUGCAAGGUGAAUCCCACGGCGGUGACUUCGUUCGAGGACAUAUUGUUUCCGAUAUUUCAAGGAAUUUUGCAGCAAGAUAUACAAGAGUUUAUUCCGUACGUGUUCCAAAUUUUGUCGUUGUUGAUGGAACAUACGCCACAGGGUGCUCUAUCCGAUCCUUACAUGCAACUGUUGCCCUGUUUAUUGGCUCCGAUAUUGUGGGAACGUCCAGCGAAUAUCAGCCCGUUGGUGAGAUUGUUGGCCGCGUUCGCUACGCAGGCAGCCCCUCAAAUCGUGCUGCAGGACAAAGUGGGCGGAUUUUUGGGGGUGUUCCAGAAGUUGUUGGCCUCGAAAUCGAACGAUCACGAAGGUUUCCGGCUGAUGCAAAGCCUCAUCCAGAAUCUACCUACCGAAGCUCUCACGCCCUAUCACAAACAGAUAUUCUUCCUGUUGUUCCAACGGUUGUCGUCCAGUAAAACGACCAAAUACGUUAUUAAUUUGAUCGUGUUCUUUUGCUUGUAUAUGGUGAAGUAUUCGCCCAACGAUUUGGUGGCUUUGAUUGAUGAAAUCCAAGCUCAGAUGUUCGGUAUGGUUCUGGAGAAGCUUCUAAUCGCGGAAUUGCAGAAAAUCGCCGGCGAUGUCGAGAGGAAAAUCGUCGCUUGUGGCGUUACUAAAUUACUGUGCGAUUGCCCGGGAAUGUAUACGGGAUCUUACCAAAAAUAUUGGCCGCAAUUGUUGCAGGCGUUAUUGGCGUUCUUCGAGAUGCCCAGAGACGAGACGACGUUCCCCGAUGAUCAUUUCAUCGAAGUGGACGAUACGCCGGCCUAUCAAGCGACCAGCGCUAAAUUGAAUUUCGCCGAUGGUACCAAAAACGAUCCCCUGCAAGGUGUCAGCGAGCCACGGCAGUUUCUGGUUCAAAGUUUGGCCACUUUGGGCGCUUCGCAGCCCGGUCGCCUGCCGACCUACAUAAACAACAUGAAUGCCCAAUCGCAGACGAUACUGCAGGGCUAUUUGGCCAAGUUCGGAGUUCAAUUGGUGUAA